UAUUCAACUUUAUUCAAAGGGGAAGAAGAAGCAGCACGGUGUGAUUCGGAGUAUUUUUAGGUUCGAAGUUGUGUGCAAUUUACAGGCGUUGUAAAUUAAAAACUUGAAAAUGGCAGAAGACGAUAAGAGUAAGAAGAAGAAGAACAAGGCAUCGCUUGGCGAAAUUCAAAGGACGAUGAAGUGCGAGAUAGAACCCUCUAAGGUGGAGGUGAAGCUGGAAUGUAAGGAUUGGCCUCUAUUGUUUAAGAAUUUUGACAAAAUGCUGACACGUACAAAUCAUUUUACUCCCUUAACGAGUGGUUCUACUCCACUCAAUCGUAGUUUAUCAGAGUACAUAAAGUCAGGAUGUAUCAACUUGGACAAACCAUGUAAUCCAUCAUCGCACGAGGUGGUAGCUUGGAUAAAGAGGAUUUUAAAAGUGGAUAAGACUGGUCACUCGGGCACAUUGGAUCCUAAAGUAUCAGGAUGUUUGAUAGUUUGUAUAGAUAGAGCAACUAGAUUAGCCAAGUCGCAACAGUCUGCUGGAAAGGAAUAUGUUGCUGUCUUUAAACUCCACUCUGCGCCAGAAAGUAUUCAGAAGGUAAAGCACUCAUUGGAAAAAUUACAUGGCGCUCUCUUUCAAAGGCCACCAUUGAUAGCGGCGGUCAAAAGACAGCUUCGCGUUAGGACAGUAUAUGAGAAUGAAUUACUCGAUUUUAACAAAGAAACUAAUAUGGGAGUAUUUCGUGUUAGCUGCGAAGCUGGCUCAUACAUUAGAACCAUGUGUGUCCAUCUUGGCCUCUAUGUAGGGACUGGUGCUAAUAUGCAAGAAUUACGAAGGAUUCGUUCGGGUGUUCAAUCCGAAAAAGAUGCCAUGGUUACAAUGCAUGACAUUCUUGAUGCUCAAUGGUUAUACGAACAUCAUGGAGAUGAAUCUUAUUUAAGGAGAGUUAUAAAACCAUUAGAAGUGCUAUUAAUGAAUCACAAGAGAAUUAUUUUGAAGGACAGCGCCGUGAAUGCAAUUUGUUAUGGAGCAAAAAUAAUGCUGCCAGGCAUUAUAAUGUAUGACCAAGGGAUAGAAUUAAAUCAAGAAAUUGUAAUUGUAACUACUAAAGGCGAAGCUGUUGCACUUGCCAUAGCUUUGAUGACCUCUCCAACUAUGGCUUCUUGUGAUCAUGGAGUGGCUGCAAAAAUCAAAAGGGUAAUCAUGGAGAGAGAUGCAUAUCCAAGAAAAUGGGGUUUGGGUCCUAAAGCAUUGCAAAAAAGGCGUAUGAUUGAUGAAGGAACUUUGGAUAAACAUGGGAAACCAAAUGAAAAUACACCUGCUACUUGGUUACAAAAUUAUACGUACUAUUCUGCACAAGCAACGCCAGCAGUAGAAAUUAAGACGGAGAAGAAUGGUGAUGUUGGCUCUAGAAAAAGGAAAAGAGAAGAUGAUACAAAUAUUGAUACAACAAUGGAUACAACAAAUGUUUCUGUAAGACAAGAAGAAAUAUCGCCGGAAAUAUCAUCACCAAAAGAGAAAAAGAAAGAGAAAAAAGACAAGAAAAAGAAAAAAAAGGAAAAGCAAAACACGGAAGGUGAAGAAUCUAUGGUAGUGGAAGAAGGCGCUAGUGGGGAGUCUUCAGUAAAGGAAGAAAAAAGGAAAAAGAAGAAGAAAAAGGAUAAAAACCGAGAACCCACACCGAGUUAGAUGGAUUUUUUAUGCAAAAAUUGAUGCAAAAAAAAAUUAAUUGUUACAUAAAAUACAACAUUAUUUUCUUUUUCUUUAUAUGUUAGAUUCUCUAGCCUAAAAACCCAAUUUUAUAUGUUGUACAAAAAUUCCUCAAUUUAAUUAAUAUUUUAAGAGUAUAAAACAAACAAUUUUUUUAUAUUUAACUUUUUCUUUACGUUUGCUGACGCCUUAUUGCAUUUAUGUCAUUUUUUCAGAUGUAUGGAUUCCAAUGUAAAAUAUUUCAAAUUACAAUUUCUAAUUCUUAUCCUAAUAAGAUUGAUAAGAAUAAUUAAGAGAGUGUACUACUCAUAUAAUAUUUUUUUAUCAUGAUAAGAAUUAUAUAUUUUUAUGUAUAUCACUGAUAUAUAUUUUUAGUAAAAUGAAUGUUCUCUAUAACACAGGAAAUUAUAUAAAUUAUUAUUAUAUGGUAGUGUGAGAUCAUAGAUUCUAGAAAAAAUCUCAGAUGUUCCAUAUAAUUAAUCAAGAUUCCAAAUAUCUGUUAUGAUAAAUGUCACAUUUGAUAAACUCUUAUUUCACUGUAUAAUUCAAUAAUGCUUUUUUUAAUUCACUGUAUAUUACCUCAUUGUUAAUAUAUCUAUGAUGUAUGAA